UAGCCCUUCUGCAUGAUUGUGUAUAAUGGAUGAUUGUAUCUUUGGAGACAGACCCCGAAAGCUUAUGCCUUCAAUCACUACUUACACGUCUGAUGAUUCGCUAGAAGAGGACGAACUUUCCGGUUCCCAGGAUUCUGACACUAAAUUGUCUACGCAGAAAGCGUCCCGGAAGCCCACUCAAUCGAACGAGGUGCCCCCUUCAGAUUCUUCUUCCAGUUCAUCUAAUUCGGACGACGAAGGAGCUUUUGGCUCGUUAGCAGAGAAAUUAGCCGCCCUUCCGGUUACUGAGCUGAUCGCAUCCCGAGAAUUUACGAGAGCUCGCAAACGGAUAUUUCGCAACCGCAAACAUCGGACCGAAUCUUGUACACAGAGUUUCGCAAUCUUCUUCGAUGAGAUAAAGGCCCAAGUGAAGGCGGCGCAUCCAGGGGCAAACUUUGGCGAAAUGGUCCGUCUGAUAGCGGCUCGAUGGGAUGAACUACCCAUUGAAAAGAAACAGGAAUACCAACAACGGGGCAUUGCAUCCGUCCAGCAAGGCGACACACAAUCCCUCCUGUCCUAUAAAACACGGCUCUUGAGUCUGAACCCAGGAAAACCAAGAAUUUGUAGUAAUCCGAGGUGCACCCAGCCGGUUGUGCAUGACCCACGUUGGAACGGGCAGUAUUGUUCCACAGCAUGUGUCAGUGAGCAUUGCCGUAUCGCGUUUAUGAACUGGUGCGCCAGACGUGUUGAACACAAGGUUUCUCCUUCCAAUGUCGACGCGUCAGCAGAAACUUUCAGUAGAAAAGUGGGCUCGACCGAGUUCGGCGAUAGUAACAAACUCCCGGCACCCGUUGAGGAACCGAUCGCAUCACCUCUCAAUCCAUGUGCUCUUACUCUAACCACAAAUCAGAGCAAGAUCAAGCCAGAAGCAACAUCUCCGAUUAGCAAGGCUGGCGAAGCCGCUACCGCUUUUACUGCGCACUCAAAACCAGAAGAGCCAGAGACGUCUACCGGAGUGGCACAACGCAAAUCUCUGUUCGAAUCUUUCAGGAGUCCGGAGUUCUCUCUCAUCACCACAAAGACUGUCGCUAGAUCUUCGACAAACUGCUACAAACUCUUUCAGCGCAUCCGAGAUACAGAGAUAUUCUAUUCAACGUUCGAGCAAAAACAAUUUGCAGUUGCUGUCAGCCCUUUACCCGUGACGAGUUGUGAGAAUCUGCGAGUUUCCCCAGAUGAGGUCGAGAAUCCCAUGGACGUCGUAAGCCGAAAUUCGGUUCGACGUUGUAUUGGCAUGAGUGUACAAGCCCUUCAGCGCCGUGGAACCCGUGAGAUUUUGGUAGACCCUUGUGGGGACGCGGAAGUUGCUGCGGAGGGUGCUUAUCUGGCAGCGUUCGUCUACGACGAACUGAAGUCUAUCGCCAGGCAGACUAUCAAACCCCACAUCACGUGCUACACAAACCACUUGGCCUCAUCAUCAUCCGGGGCAUCAGUCAAGGAAGACAUGCUGGCAGCAUGGGAACGAGGCAGAAUCCUGGCCAUGUCUCAAAACUUGGCGCGUAAGUGGAUGGAAAUGCCAGCCAACUAUCUCCCCCCCAGCGCUUUUGCCCAACAUGUCGCUUCCGUGUUCGACGGUAUGUCGCAAGUACGCACGAACAUCCGGAGUUCGGAAUGGUGUCGCGAACAUCGCAUGAAUGGGUUGCUAUCUGUAGGGGCUGGGUCUCGUCGUCACGUGGCUUUCGUGGAGAUUGUAUACGAGGGUAACCCUGCUCGAUGCAAGGACCAUGUGGCGCUAGUUGGCAAAGGAGUCACGUUUGAUUCUGGCGGCAUUUCAUUGAAACGCUCCACUGGAAUGGAGGAAAUGAGAGCUGAUAUGGGUGGUGCUGCUGUCGUGGCGUCCACCGUGUUUGGUCUGGCUUCUUUCGGUGCCCCGAUUAACGUGCGUGCCUAUCUCCCGCUGUGCGAGAACAUGCCAGGUGGUGGAGCAAUGCGACCUGGUGAUGUCAUUCGGAUGGCUAACGGUUUAACCGUUCAGGUGGACAAUACCGAUGCAGAAGGUCGACUCAUCCUCGCCGAUGCCCUACACAUUGCCUGUAAACAUCCGGACUUUGUUGGUGAAGAGCCGUCUUUGAUCAUAGAUGUCGCCACCCUGACAGGCGCGAUUAGCGCUGCUCUGGGAGACGAAUUUACCGGAGUCUUUUCGAACCACGCUGCUAGUCGUAAAGCCACAGCCACAAUCUGGCAGUCCACUAAAGCCCCAUCUUCUCCUCUGGCUACGGAGACUGAGGAGGAGGAUGUGGAGCCCAUCGAGGAUACCGAAGACGAGGAAGACGUGGAAGUCGGGUUGCAGAUCGAACAGCCACUCAUGAGGCUGUCUGCAGGUCGAGGACCGACCUUGUGGGAUUGUUUGCGUACAAGUGCAACCAUACGCGGGGACCGAGUGUGGAAUCUCCCUCUUCUCUCCACCAUACCUUUAUGCGAGCAAGCACACCUAGCAGACUUGAUGAAUGUCGCUGGCGUUUCGAACGCGAAGAAGGGUGGUUCAGGUACAGCGGCUGCCUUUCUCAAUUUUUUUGUCCCCAAGCACAUUCCCUGGAUGCAUUUGGACAUUGCUGGAGUGAUGAAACCCGACCUCCGACAAGGGUACAUGCGCAAAGGAAUGGCGGGACCACGGGAAAUUUGUUCUCUGUUAUGCAAGAAUACCCACGCGACGAAACGGAGGACCAAGUCCAAAACAGAUGAAAAAAUUCCUGAAAUAUCUUGUUUGUAUGUUGUCCUUCAUGAGCACUGGCUUACGGAAACACGAUUUCCAGUCGGACAGUUGUUUGUUCAGUCCGGCAACAGUUUGAGCACUUGUGUAGAGUUUCGACGAAGGCACUAUUCACUCUCAUUAAAUAGGUCACUGGAGAAAACCUUGGGACACGUAGGUUUGGUGCCUAUGUUUUCAAAUGUUCAACUGUACUUAAACGUCGCGAUGAGAGGUACCGCAGCAACCGAGGCGGGAACAAUCGGUCAACGUGAUUUCGUGUGUUUGAAAGCCAUGAUCCAAGAGAGAAAAAACUAUGUUCGCGUGAGAUGGUCACCGGACACCAUCUUUCAAUUAGCCAAGUGA